GGGGGGUUCGCUUAUGGUGCACAGGGGCAUCACGUGUCUGGCAGCCUCCCUAAAGAGGGACUGAUCUUGACCAACGUGGGCGCGUAGGGGGGUGAGAAGCAAGUGGGGAGGAGGUGCUGAUACUGACAAGCGACGGGGCGAGCUGGAAGUGUAACUGCGCGUAGGGGGGAAGCCUCCUCUCUUACUGCAGAACUCGCCCCCCCCCGCCUUCCCGGCGAGAGAAGCCCCCCUCCCUCUUGCUCCAUCCAUAUCCAAGCCUCCCUCCCUCCCUGCAUCCGUGCAUGGUGCUGCCGCCAUGGCCUGGCCCUGCAUCAGCCGAGUGUGCUGCCUGGCGCGCUUCUGGAACCAGCUGGACAAGUCGGAUCUGGCCGUGCCGCUCACCAUCCACAAUUACUCCGACAUCGAGGAGCCGGCAGAGGAGGGGGCGGACGCGGCCGGCGGCGGGGGCGCCCCGCAGCAGCAGCAGCAGCCGCCGCGGAUCCCAACAGGUGGCAGCAGCCGUCCUCCUCCCCAGGCUCAUGCACGGGCUGCCACGCCGUUGCCGGUGUCGGCGUCCGCCCCCUCGCUGCAGGACAGCCUGGCGGGCACCAAGAGGCCGUCGAAAAAAGCCAGCGGCGCCAGGGGCGACCACCGAAAGGAGCCGUUCGCCGCAGAGACCCAGUACCAGCAGGAUUUCCGAGCGUGGCCAGUGAAGAAGCGGGACGCCCUGCCGUGGAUCGGCGAGUGCAGGCGGGUGGUACCCCCGGGGGCGCCCCCUGAAGCUGCUGCUCCCGCCCCCGCCCCUUCUUCUCCAGCCAUGAUCCCGGGGGGCUCCCAUCAUGUGUAUGUGCUGCCGACAGCCGGGCAGGAGGCGACCGCCCGUAAGUACAGCGGCUUCAAGCAGAUGUGGUCCUCCUCCUCGCCGCCAGGCGUCCCCAAGACCACCUCCUACAGGCAUGAAUAUCGCCCCUGGACUGGAGCAAAACGUCCUGCAAGACCCGCAAAGACAAAACAAGGGUUCAUUAUUCCAGAGGAUCAUUUUGUGCAAGAAUCUAGCUACAAGGCAGACUUUAAGGCAGGAAUCUGAGGAAGAAUAAAGUCUCCAGUUCUAAAAAUGAUACCAGAAGUGAAGGCCAAGUUUUCCCCAAACCCUUCGGCAGUGUUCCAAGCUCCGUCUCGCAUACUCAAUGUAUGAAUCUGGACAUGCACAUUUCCCAUCCAGGCAGCUUGAAUGUUAAGGUUGUGAAAAUGUACAGCUAUGCAACUUUUAUGAGUGCUGUUGAGAUAAGAACAAGUUUUAUUAAAAGGAGUUACAGUAAUUAUCCGAAUAUAUGCAUCUAUUAUGAACAUAUAAAUCAAUAAGCACUUGAAUUGGAGAUGGCAUAAUAUACUGUGGAGGAUGACCUAGUUUAAUAGAAAUAGGCUUAUUACUGCCUGGGCUGGCAUCACACUAAGAUACUGACUUUGGGCAGAGAAGACAGCAUUUGAGACAUUGAAUGUAUGCCUAAAUAUAUGGAUGCCAGGGCAAAUGUUUAUAAUAAAAACCAAUCUUCCCAUGUUGCUUUUUAGCCACAUUGACAAGACAUCAGUAUGAAAGAUUGAGUAGCUUUUGAAUUUUACUUAAAAAAACAAAUCUCAUGUUUUGUUUCAUGUCUCAUAUUGUUGCAAGACUUUGAAGCCUCUUUGCUGAGGCCAUUCAGGGUCCACAGCAUGACUCUUGACCACACAAGAGUCUGAAGGUGCUCCACACAGAUGCUGACUGGAUUUUCAAGCGUUCUGAAAAAAUUAAGAAGCAACACCUUUGGCUCCCCUAAGCCCUUACUCCAGUUAUAUGCUUCUCCAGAUUCUUUUCAUCCCUAUAACUCUUUAAUGACUCUCUAGCUUGCAUAUGGAUUGCAUUUGUUGUUUUAUGUUGGAGAAAGGUGUUCCCAGCAUUCCUGACCUCUUUAUAGCUCUGCUUCAUUUUCUGCUAGGCUGGCCAAAACCUUUUACAUUCAUUAAGAGUUGUCCUCUGUUAUUCAUGGCUAGGCACAAGCACCCUUUAUGGUGCGUCAGAUCCCCAGACAAUGAAUUAGCCGCCUGCCACACACACAUCAAAAUACUUCCAAGGGGAAGGUCUAGACUGGAGUCUGGAGAUGAACGUUUAGAUUUGAUCAAGAAUGAUUUCUGUCCCAGUUAUCCACUAGAUCAAAAGAAUAGUCCCCAAAGCAACACUGCUGAAUAAAAGUUGAAGGUUUUCAACUUGAGCUUUGCAUAAGAUGUUGGGGCAGUUGAUAUUAAAGCAUCACAAUAAAAUAACCAGAAAAAUACAGAUAAAAACAUAACAUAAUACAGAUAAAACAUAACAUACAAGCAUAGGUCCACAGCACUAAAAACAUUCCCCAAUUUGGCCAACACACAACUGGUACAGCUGAGCCUAUUGUAGCCCUGAAAUGCCCACCAGAAGAGGUAGGCCUUACAUUUACUUGCACUGAGAAGCAUUUAUGUAUUUUUGCAGGAAGUGCAUUCUGCAAUUUUGGGACAGCUGCCCUGAAGGCCCUGCUAUGUUUGUGUUUGUGUUUGUGUGUGGGAGCAGGGCGGGGGCAUAGUGUGAAAAAACAAACCAGCUGCAGUGCAAGAGAAACUGCAACAAAGUACCAGCUUUUAUUGGGAAUUGGUAGCACCAACUGGUUUAGCUCAAAAAGGGGCCAUAGAUCAGACACUAAAGCAAUGACACUAGUACUAUUUCAUGUGUAUGUAAAUACUGUACAUAGAGAUGACUGUCCCCCCCCCGCAAAGAGUAUGCUUAGUAUUAUUUUAUUUAAAAUUAAUCCUUUGAGUAUGCAAGAUAGAAAAUGUAUUGCCUUGAAAAUCCUACAUUAUUGCCUGUACGUUGGUAACACUAGUGCUAAAUAAAUGAAUGUUACAUAGUGGUUAUUAUAUAACAUAAUUUUCAAAGAGGGAUCAUUUUAAAAUGUCGUUAUUCUAUAAAUAAUUUUUGUAUAGUAUUGACCCAGAAUUAACUUUUGUCUAGGCUCUUUUAAUAAACCAUUUCCUAGUUUUUAGUUCAGUUCCUCAUAGAUUAUAUACAUUUUUAUCUAAAGGAUUUAUAAAGGAGUAACUGAUUGCUAACUUAGCAUUUGUGUUCAUUUGCUUUUGUAAAUGUCUGAUAAAAUUAUCUGUUUGUCCUGGGCAGCUUUGAACUUGGGUGUUCAUAUUGAUAUUUGCCCAUUCAGAAGUAAGGAAUGUUGUCAACAAUCAACCAUUCAUUCAUUCAUUCAUUCAUUCAUAGUCAACUAUAUCUUGAGCACGAGAUUGGGUGAUCAUUAAUCUUGAUAAAUAAAUAUAUCUGCAUUAGGUGGUAAAUAUAUCUUGAUUUAGAUUAGGUGAAAUCCAGAAAAAGUGCCCAAGUCCCAUUUAUCAACAGAACAAAAGUACCUACUGCCUGUUGAUUUCAAUGGUAAUGUAGGUAUGCCUGACUGGAUUGCAUCCAUCUGCCAGAAUCCAAAGAGCUACUUUAGGUUUCUUCAAAGGCCUGGGCAUGUCUGUGUCAUUUCUGAUCUUUCUUUCUUUCUUUCUUUCUUUCUUUCUUUCUUUCUUUCUUUCAACACCAGACUUUCCUGGUCGCACCACAAACUGCUUCUGAGAGCUUCCUGUUUGAAAAGCAGUUUUCCAUGCAAUGUGAGGGGGAAGGACCCACUAUGCUUAAGAGAUCUGGGCCCCGGGUCCAAAGCUCUUCUUUUCAUAAUUCCUUUUCAUAAUUCUUUUCAUAACUCUUUUCAUAAUUCAAUCAUACUCACCCCAAGAUUAAAGUCUCUAAUAUUAUGUAAUACAGCAUGUAUGGAGGUGGAAGUAACAAAAAGCUAGGCGAGGCUAAGAACUCUCUCCUAUUGCGUCUCCACUGCUGAACUUCCUUUCUGGAAGAAGUCAAGGAUAAGUGAGGUAGCUGAUGAGAUUCAGGCUCUGAGCAAUUCAUUGGGGACCUGAGCCCGAUGGGCCACCCCCUAAUGACACCACCACCACCCCGCCAAGUCCAGAGUAUUCUUGGGCAUGUUCUUUGGAACUCAGCCACCAUAUUUUUCAUGACUGGGUGCUUUUCUACAGAGUAAAGAACAACAUUCAGAUUUCAUGCAGGGACCAUUUGCCAUAAAAAUACACAGAAGGGAUUUAGAGUGGAGCUGGAGUAAGAAUCAGACUUUUUCAGGAAUAUGGUUACAAUAUUCUUAUUUGCAUGUUGAAUGUUUCCAAGUUUUUUUUAAAAAAACAACUCUAUUAAUUCUGCUUGAUGGUUCUAUUUCUGAUGUCUUUAAAUAGCUGAGUUUUAUCUGGUCCAGUUACUUGCAAUCUCAACUUUACCAAACAGAAAAAAGUAAACCACGCUGCCUAUUUGGUUUCUGUUGUUAAUUUAAUACAUUUCUUUAAAACACACACACACACACACACACACACACACACACCAAUAAAGCAGCUAUACAUGAAGUUUGUAUUUUAUGGAGUCAAAAGAUAAUUUAAUAAAAAUUUAUUUUGGCUA